UUUUCGUCGCAGCUGCUUGAAUUUGGCCCUCACAAUACGUUAUCCGAACAUAUGCCUGGAUCCACUGCUAAACCCUCGAGGAAGGUGGCUCACCGCCGACGUCAGGCACCUACUCGCUUAGAGCACGCGACAGACAAACAGCGCGGGCGUCGACUGCAGCUAAAGAACGAGCGAUGUUGGGUUGGGACUCUGAAGAAUUCAAGCAGUUCGUCGUCUUCAGGCGAUCCUGGUGGACACGUCUAUCUUUAUUUUGUGAAUAAAGACCAAUAUUUUCUGCAAGAUAGCAAGCGGAAAGAUGUCCCUUGGGACAAUAUCGAAUUUAGGAAGGGAUUUGCUGUUCAGAAUAUAGACAAGCUGGCGAAGAAGGUGAUUGAAAAGAUUUUGCGCCAGUCACAGAGGCACUAUUCGAUAGGUGAAAUUUAAAUCACUCAGGGCCAGCCUCUCUCCUCC